UUAUCUUUUCCAACAUUGACCUCCAUCAAAGUAACCUCGAUCCACCACCUCACCUACAACCCCCCCCCCUCCCCUGCCAUUUCAGCUCUGUACAUAAUAUUUCUUUUCUUUAGUGUCGUAGAGGAAAUUAUGGCGGAUCUUGGCACUGCAGACCCACAAUCUCAGCUCAUACCAAACCUCCCAGACGAUGUAGCAUUACAGUGCUUAGCCAGAGUCCCACGUUCCCAUCACCCUAUUCUCUCUCUCGUCUCCAAAUCCUGGCGCUACACCCUAAGCUCCACUGCACUCUACUCCACCCGGUCAAUUCUACGUACUACCGAAACUUUCCUCUACCUCAACCUCCGCAUAAACUCCACUUUCCACUGGUACACUCUCUUCCAAAACCCUAACUCACAAAAAUCCAGAAAGCUUUUUCCCCUUUCUUCAAUACCCUGUAAGCCCAUUGGAUCGGCUUAUGCAGUUUUGGGCCCAAAGAUUUAUGUGAUUGGUGGGUCCAUUGGUGAAAUCCCUUCGAAUAAUUUGUGGGUUUUCGAUUGUAGGUUUAAUUGUUGGGAAAUGGGGCCAAGAAUGAGGAUUGGUAGGGAGUUUGCUGCAGCUGGGGUUGUGAAUGGGAAGAUUUAUGUAAUGGGUGGGUGUGUUGUAGAUAAUUGGGCUAGGUCGAUGAAUUGGGCUGAAGUUUUUGAUCCGUUAACGGGGUUAUGGGCUGCGUUGCCUAGUCCAAUUGAGGUUAGAAACAAGUGGAUGCAUGCUAGUGCAGUGGUGGGUGAUAGGGUGUAUGCAAUGGCGGAUAGGGGAGGGGUGGUGUAUGAUGUUGGGGGUGGGGAAUGGGGGAGUGUAACGAAAAGGCUUGAUUUGGGGUGGAGGGGACGAGCCGCGGUGGUGGGAGGAGUGUUGUAUUGUUAUGAUUAUUUGGGUAAGAUUAGAGGGUAUGACGUGAAGGAAGAUGUGUGGAAGGAAUUGAAAGGGGUGGAGAAGGGGUUGCCUAGGUUCUUGUGUGGCGCGACAAUGGUGAAUUUCGAUGAGAGGUUGUGUGUUGCAUGGGAAGGCAAGAGGAACGGAAAGGAGGUUGACAUUAUGUGCGCAGAGAUUGAAGUUUGGAAGGACAAGGAUGGAGGGUUGAGUGGGAACAUCUUGUGGUCGGAUGUGAUUCUUGUUGUUCCUAAUGGUGCUUCAAUUGUGCAUUGCUUUGCAGUUGACUUGUGAUGUUUACUUCAGACAAGUGAUGCUACAAUCAUCUCCACAUAAAGAGCCAAAAACAUAACUGACAAGCAAGGUUAGAGAGCCAAAAACCCUAUAACAUUAAGCACUUAAAAGAAAGCCAAAAAUUGAGGAGCAAGAUUUUUGAUUACUCGGCUAAAUCAACCUAUCAUUAACGGAAGCUAAGGUACCGUCUUCUUACCCUGUCUAGAUCCCCAAAUUUCAAUCUUCAAUUUUCUGUUAUUUUGUUUAUUUUGCUACUUUUUGAAGUGUCAUCUUUUUGUUCAAUUCUGGUUAAAAAGUGAACUCCUAGUGAUUGCUUUUGUGGGGGGUCUCAAAGAUAUAAAAUUUAUAAGCAUUAUAGUGGCGAAAAUUUUCUUUGUAUUCAUUACUAAAUAACACUGCCAUAUCUUUUAAUUUGGUGGUGAAUUGAUAGGAGCGGGACACAAACAUGUUUGUUGCUUUUUCAAAUUUAUUACCAAUAGCAAUGUACCUUGUUUGUAUGUUAAGAAUUUGUCUUCAAAUAAAUGAGAUAAAAUAUAGGUACAAGAACUUUCUGUGAGGAAAAGGAUAAAUUGAAUUUUUGUUCUAAAAGAAUAACCAAGAUAAAAUUUACAUCUUUUUCUUUGUUGUUUGCUUUCUCUCUUAUGUUUAGAAAAGAUUUCUUUUUGGCUUUUUGUGAUGUACAAUAGCCACAUGAUUUUGUUUGUUUAUUGCUUCUUGUUUUAUUCAUGAUUUUGUUUAAAGAGUCUUUUGAAUCAAUUAACAAAAGCUAUGUACAACAACAAAAGGUAUAUUUUUUAGUACUUGAACUAUGUGUUUGGUUUUCUUAUACUUUUAAAGAUUUUGUCUCAUGUCCAUAAAAGAAAAAUAGUCUACUUUCAAACUCAUUGAAAGAGAUGGUUAUGUAAAGUGUGCAAUGAUUUCUAAGAGAUCCUUUGAUAUUAUAAACUUUGUCACUACAGGCCAUCAUUUGGAGUUGAAUAAACUAGUUUUUAUUGUUGUGGUUUAUCUUUCUUUUAGAAAAACUUAUGAAUAAUUCUACUGAGUUGCCUCUCUCAAAUUUUUUUAAUAAACAAUUAAAGUUUGAUAAAAUUGCAUAUUGAGGUUUUACUCAAUUGUAGUAGUUGGCUACUUACAACAUUUAUCAUUAACAUUUGUAUUUAUGGAGAAAUAUUGUAAUAUCUUGCAAAUGCUUGUUUGUAACAAGAUAUGGGCGGGAUGGUGUUCGGUAAAGAACUAAUCGCUUGACUGAUAAUCAUGACACGAGAUCUAUUAAGAGUUUCAAAAAGGCAUUUGCUAAAGAAAAUCUGUCCGCACAAAAUGUAGAAAAAGUUUUUUUUCCAGGUAAUUGCAAUAAAACUUUGAGCAAUAUUAAAUUCAUUAUUAAUUUCUUUUUCAACUAGACAAACUUUGCGUGUUCGUUUUACCUAUCUAGUUAACUCAUGUUCAAUGAUAUCUUAGAAGCGUGGACAUGUCUAGAGAAUUGGCAAUUAGCUACUGUUAUAGUAGUUAUUUUACACUUUCUCCCUCUAGAAAAUAUGUAAGUGGCAUUUGAUGAAAACAAGCAUUGACGCUGAUUUCAUAUGUUUCUUUGAUAUGGUGGAUGAUUUGAAAAAGCAUUGUAUUCUUGAGGGAGAUAAAUUUUUUUCCAUUUGCGAGGUGAUAGAGUUAUCCAGUGAUUAUGAUGGGCUAGUGGAACGCCGUGAAGAUUCAAAUGUAAAGAUUAUGUAUAUUAGUUACGAGGGGCAGAAGGUGUUGAGAUUUAUACACUCCUAAAAAAUUAUGAUAUUUUUGUGAGUAUUUUUCUCGAAAAAAAUAGUCUUAGGGAUAGUUUGUCUGAAGUGGGGAGCAAAACGUUUGUGGAAGAACACGAAUCAAAAAUUCAACUUGUGAUCUUUUUUUGUUGAUCAUAGUAAGUGGACAAUUGAUGAAAAUAAUCAUCGACGUAGAUUUCAUAUGUUUCUUUGCGGAAUGAUUUGAAAAAGUACUGUAACUUCAAUAUUCUUAAGGGAGAUAAGCUCUUUUAUUCGAGAGGUGAUAUAGUUAUCAAUGAUUAUGAUGGGCUAGUGGCGUUGUGGAGAUUUAGAUGUUAAGAACAUUCUUGUUAGUUACGAGAGGCAUAAGGAGAAACCCAUUGAGAUUUAUACACUCCCGUAAAAAUUGUGAUCUUUAUGAGUACUUUUUCGGAGAAAAUAGUUCUAGGGAUAAUUCGUUUUAAAAGCUAAACGAAGCAGCCGAGGAAGAACAUAAAUCAACAAAUUCAACAUGUAUUCUUUUUGUUGAUCGUAGUCACUUCUGUCGUCACUUCUACUUGACGUAUAUUUAUCUAAUCUUUAAAUGUAAGUUCCAACGCUGUGAAAAGAAAAAUCAGAGGUCCUAUGUGGUGCAUGAAAAUAAUCAACUUUACAAGAGAGACCAAAAUUGUUGGUGGAAUUUGUUGAGGAUAUCUAGCUAUUGGUGAGAAUCUAAGUUGCUCGGACUUGGAUGCGGGUAUCCGAUACGGGGACGGAUCCGAGUAUUGGAUUCGGCAAAAUCUAAAUUUUCAGAUUCGGGGGUGCGGAUCCGGAUAUGGAUACGGGUGCAGGGAUUCGGCUAAUAAAAAAUAGAGCUAUAAAAGUAUUGUAAAUUUUGAGAGAUAUUCUGUGAAAAACAUACAUAAAUAUUAUAGAAUUCAAUCUUUCAUUCUCCAAGAUGGACAUUAUUCUUUCAUUCUCCUAAA